AUGCACUUGUUCAAUUUGUGCAGCAUUUGGCUGCUUUUACCCUGGGUUCAGGGAGCGGUGCCCCCAACUACAGAUCACGAAAGUUUCAUUAUAGAGUAUGAUGAGCAAGCCAACGGUGGACGGUCCCUCGAUCUUUUGUCCACACUCGGUCUCCGGGUUGUUACUACUUUCGACCACCCUCUGUUCUCUGGUGUCACGGUCAAAACAACAAACCACAACGUCGAAGCGCUGAAGAAGCUACCAGGCGUUCUCAACGUGUGGCGCAAUGGACUCGUGCAACAUGUCCAGCCUGUCAAGCAAGGUCAGCUGGUGAACCACAUCAAUAAGCGCCAGCAGUCGUCUACAUAUAUUAACCACACCACUCACCUUACAACUGGAGUUGCCCAGCUGCACGACCAAGGUAUCAAGGGAAAGGGUGCGAAAGUUGCUGUCGUGGACCUUGGUGUUGAUUACACGCAUCCCGCACUUGGCGGUGGUAUCGGAGAACGCUUCAAGGUUAAAGGUGGCUGGAACUACAAUAACAAUAAUGAUGACCCACGCCCGACCGACCCGGAGGAUGAGAGCCAAACAAUCCAGGCAUUCCUACGCGCUCAUACGGACGGAUGCGAUGUGAUCUCGGCCAGUAUUGGCGCGACGGGGGGUUGGCCCAACGGCGUCUUGGCUGAAAUGGUCACCCGGCUCUCCGAAGCUGGCAUGCUCAUUGUCAUUGCUGGUGGAAACGGCGGCGCGUCGGGGCCUUUCCUCGGCACCACCCUUUCCGCAAGCCCUGAUGCUCUCGCUGUUGGUAACAUUGAUACCAGAGCACAGCCGUUCAAGCCUGACUAUAAGACUUCUUGGCCCACCACGAACGACUUAGAGUUCAAGCCUGAUAUUUCUGCUCCUGGUGUCGGUGUUUAUAGCACUUGGCCUGGGGGACGCUUCAAACUUCUCUCGGGCACAUCUAUGGCGACCCCUUACGUUGCCGGCGUAGCUGCUCUUUGGAUUGGUGCCCGAGGGGGCCGUCGGGUUCAAGGCAAUGGCGUCGCAAAACGUCUUCGCCAGCGCAUCAUCAGCAGCGGUAAGCCCGUUGCGUGGCAAGUGGGAGAGGAAGACGCGAAUCCCGCCAGACACGCCCCUGUUUUCCAAGUCGGGACUGGUCUCGUGAAUGCCAUCGACGUGCUGAACACCAAAACGCAGGUUGAAGGUGAAAAGAUGAACCUCAACGACACAACUCAUUUCAACGCAGAACAUUCACUCACGAUUAUCAAUCGGGACAAUGUGACUAUUACGUAUAACCUAACAGUUCAGCAAGACAGUGCUAUCAUUGCAUUUACUGCCCAGAACGACGGAAUCCUCACGCCUACAAACUCUCUAAACAUGGUACCCAUGGACCUCUCAACAGAGGUCACCUUCCCUGCUGCGCUUACUCUUCAGCCAGGACAGAAGAUGAACGUCCCUAUAACCUUCACCAAUCCUCUGGAGAUGGGCUGGCCAAACAUGGACACCAGUAGGCCUAUAUACGGCGGCAAGGUCAUAAUCCGCAGCAGUAGCGGUGAAAGACUCGCAGUUCCUUUCAAUGGUCUCGGUUUUGAUUUCAAAGAGGGAACCAAACCCUGGGUCGUCAAGGACCCCAUGAACUGGCCACCACAAAUCUUCCGCCAGCGUGGCGAGUUACCUUUCCAGAACGACUCGACAUUUUCAUUCAACCUAAGUGUUGCCGCUCAAGACUUCCCCAUAUUUCGGUUCAGUUUGCUAGUUAAGACACGAGAACUCCGAUGGGACAUUUUUGAGGCCAAUUAUACUGAAGCUCUUUGGUCGUACCCUCCACAGGUCGAUAUCAAUGGCUAUGUAGGUUCUGCGACAGCCUACAGGAAUGCAGAUGACUUGUGGUACGGGCAGCCAUUCGACCCGGCAACGUCAAAUGCCCAGGAUGUUUUACCAUUCCCGAUGUAUGACACGACGAAGUCACUGAGCAUCCAAGAUUUCCCUUGGUUCGGCCAACUUGCUAAUGGAGCGCAAAUUGGUAAUGGUAAAUAUAGAAUGCGCAUUGCCAGUCUAGCACCCUUUGGUAACCCAAAGAAGGCCGAUGAUUGGUGGGUUUAUAAAGACUUGCCUUUGCUUACAGUUGCUAGGUAG